UUUUUUUUCGCAAUUCAAAGUAAUCCAAAAUUCGGAAAUGGUUUCAUACCAAAGACAUCCUUUGUCUAUACGUAGCGUCAACUAGCCUGUCUAAUGUGUUAAUCCUUUCCUUUUAAUCAAUGAUAAACAUCCUUUGUCUAUACGUAGCGUCAACUAGCCUGUCUAAUGUGUUAAUCCUUUCCUUUUAAUCAAUGAUAACAAGAUAAUGGACAAACGGCGCGAAUUGAGUAAUCUGGCUAGGAGCUACAAUUGUUAGAUGAAGAAAGUUACAAGACCUUUUUAACUUACAAAACUUAUGGGUUUUAGUUGGUUGAAAUAGUGUUGUUGCAGAUAUAUUAACAAGAAGUGAGUUGGAAAAGUGAAAAAGAUGAGAUUCAAUUCAAAGUGCCAGUUGCUUGUGCUGGCAGGCCUACUGCUAAUAGCGAUCGGUCCAAGCUUACAGACUCGACUAAGAAAUGAAAACAAUGUGAAAACUGCAACUUUCCUAUCACCAAAUUUUGUGCUUGAACCUGGAUCAGUCAUUAACAAGUUUUACUACAACAUUGAUUUCCCUAAAGGUCAUAUUGCUAUCAAAAGUUUUGAUGCUGAAGUAGUUGAUGAGUCAAGGAACCCUGUCCCCCUUCAUGCAAUAUAUCUCCAUCAUUGGCUCGUGGCAAGAUAUUACCAACGGAAAGUUUUUGGGGUGUCAAAGUACAACGGCCAUCUGGGGUUCAACCAGUCAGAUUUUAUUAUGGUGAGGAACUCGGGGAUAUGUGAAAUGGAUCUUCCUCAGUAUUUUGGCCUUGGGUCUGAAACUCGUAAAACAGUAACAUAUGUUCCAGACCCUUAUGGGAUCGAAGUUGGUAAUCCUGUAGAGGUACCUCCUGGAUAUGAUGAGAGAUGGUUUCUUAAUGUACAUGCAAUUGAUACACGAGGUUCCAAAGACAUGUUGGGAUGCACAGAAUGCAGGUGUGAUCUUUAUAAUGUUACCAAGGACGAGUAUAACCGAGAUAUAGAACCAAAUUACAUUGGAGGCUUGAGAUGCUGUUAUGAUGAAACGAGAUGCAGAACAAGAGAAGGAUUUCAGGGUCCGAAGAGAAGUUUGUACCUGAAGUACACAGUCAAAUAUGUUAAUUGGCAUGCCUUCAUUGUGCCUGUUAAGAUAUAUAUGCUUGAUGUCACUGAUACAUGGAAAAAGCAGGAAUCAACAGGACUUGUGUCGAGACAUCACUGUCAGAUUGAAUAUGAAGUUGAAUCAUGUUCUGCUGCUGUUGCUAAUAAUGGAUGUAUCCAUACAAAAAAGACAAGUGUAACUUUUCCUAAUGGUGGAGAUGUUAUUUAUGCAGUUGCUCACCAGCAUCCGGGUGGGGUUGGUUCAACCCUCCUUGGAGAGGAUGGACGAGUUAUAUGCUCAUCUCAUCCAAUCUACGGAGAAGGAAAGCAACCAGGAAAUGAAGCUGGUUUUAUUGUUGCAGUGAUCAAAGGCAUACCGGAGUUAUGGGCCUGUUCUAUAUAUUGCUUGCUGAAUCGUCACGAAAAUCUAGCUCUAUCCUGCAUUCUGGAGACGAC